AUGGCGGCGGUGGUGGUCGUGGUGGUAGUGUGCUCCUUCUCCCCGUUCGGAUCGAUCGGGGGAUCAAUCCUCAGCCUCCCCUGCAAUCAGAUCCCCUCAUCCACCGACACCAACGAUUCCCCCUCCAGCGGCGGCGGUAAGGUUGAGGCGUUCCAGCGCCACGUCGCGGAGCUCCUCCUCGACCUCGCCGGGGAUGACGUCCUCUCGCUCUCGUGGACGCGGAAGCUCCUCGAUAUGUUCCUCAUUUUCUUGGAGGAGUUCCGCAUCCUCCUCUUCAACAGUGGCGCCGAGGCGACGCUGCCGCCGCCGCUGGAUCGGCUCCUCGCGGACUUCUUCGACUGUGCGGUGAAGGUGCUCGAUGUGUGCAACACUGUGCGUGACAGCGUGGACCAGAUCCGCCAGUGGCAGAAGCUCCUCGACAUCGUCCUUGUCGCCCUCACCACGGCGGCGUCGCCGGAAGCGGACCGGGGCCCGAUCGGCGAGGGCUCGAUCCGCCGCGCGCGCAAGGCGAGGGCACCGCGGCCGUUGUGGACGGUUCACCCGAAGGAUCGAAAAAAGAGAGAGAAAGAGAAGAGCCAGAGAGAGUGAGGUCGAAUAGAGAGAAGGAAAGAGAGAAAGAGAGGAUCUGGUGAGGGAAGACAGAGAAAUGGGUAGAGGGAAGAAGUUUGAAUAGAAAGAAAAGAGGAA